AUGAGUGUGUGGUUCGUGUGCGUCCCGAACGAAGGCAACAGCUCGUCCGAAACGACGUUCCUGUCUCUGAAGGCAGAAACUGCGUCCAGCCGUCACGAUUACGCUGAGUGCAUCCGCGUGGAGCUACCGUCGGAUCUGUUGGUGGGCACGUUGGACUCGCUCAUGGCGCUGAGCGACGACUUGAGCCGCGUGGAUAUGGUCAUUGAGGGUGUCGUGCGUAAAAUCGAGCGCCAGUUCCACGACCUCAACAAAGACCAGCAGGACCUAACUGUCGACGGAGUGCCAGUAGAGCGCUAUUUGAGCUAUUUCUCGUGGGACGAAGCGAAACAUCCACACCGUCGACCACUGCCAGAGAUCGUCAGUAUCAUCCAAUCGUCGGUGGGCAAGAUUGAAGACGAACUGAAGCAACUGGGUACGCGCUACGCAGAAAAGAAGCAACAACUUGCUGGCCUGCAGCGCAAGAAGGGAGGCAAUCUCAUGGUGGCGAAUCUGAAUGACGUGCUGACGCCUGACGUCGUAUCCACGUCUGACUUUGUCAAUACCGAGUAUUUGCAGACGCUAGUGGUAAUCGUGCCCAAAAACCUGGAAGAGCAGUGGCUGCUGGAAUAUGCACAGAUCGGCGACCAAAUUGCAGAGUAUGGCCCCAAAGACUCUCGAUCAAAGACGCGCGGAUCUCCGGUCGUGCCUGGUUCGUCGCGCAAAUUGGUGGAAGAAGGCGACUCUGCCGUGUAUACGGUGACGUUGUUGAAGGGCCAAUACCAACCAGGAUUUCUAGACAAAGAAGGUAAUUUCGAGCCCGGAACCACCGCGGACUAUAUUGAAGACUUCAAAGUGCGCGCCAAAGAGAAGCGCUUUGUCGUGCGCGAGUUUGACUUUCACCCGAUGAGUCAUGCGACUACCGAAGAAGCCAUUGCCGAGCUGGAGGUGGAGGUCGAUCGGCUAUGGUCUGCGCUUCUCCGCUGGUGCAAGGCCCACUUUGGAGAAGCGUUCGUCGCAUGGAUGCACAUCAAGAUCAUUCGCGUGUUUGUUGAGUCCGUACUCCGUUACGGUCUCCCCGUAAACUUUGUACUUGUCAUGUUCAGACCACACCCUGGCAAGGAAAAGAAACUGCGCUCAGUGCUGGCAAAAAAGUACGCACACUUGCAGCCGGCUCAGUUCUCUGGUGUCGAAGAAGGCACGUCAGGCUCAUCGCAGACUGAGUACUUUCCAUACGUGGCAAACUCCUUCCACCCGCUUACCACCAACUAA